UCUCGGAGCGGCUGGGUCCUCCAGCCCUCCAGAAGGAGCUGCCUCCUGCCCGGGCUGGGCCGGGGAGCGGGGCCGGGCAGGUGGUUUAUUGUCCCCGGCGGGAAGAUGGAGGCGGCUGGUGGGGAGCGGUGAGAGCCCCGGGGUGCGAUGUGAGUGCCGGAGGGCAGGGAAGAGGGGAUGGGAAAAGGGAAGGGAAGAAGGGGGCGCGGGGAGCUCUGCGGGCUCGGCGAGGAGGGGAGGGUGAGAGCGUGUUUUUAGGAGGUGGGGUUUGGAAACCUCCUCCACGGGCUGCUGCUUGCGAUGACCCCGGGGGAAAGAAGAAGGAGGAGGAGGAGGAGGAAGGGGGGGAUCGGCUCAGUGAAUGAAUGGGCGGCAGCGGCGGCGGCUCCCCUGCUCAAUGGCUGCUGGGCUGGUAGGCGCCAGCCCCGCAGCCGGUGCCUCCCUCGCCCUCCCGUGUUUUGUCUCAGGCUCGCCCCGCUCGGGGCUCCCCAGCCAUGUUCAACCAGCAGCAGUUCCAGCAGCAGCUGCUGCAGCUCCAGCACCUCCUCCAGCAGCAGCAGCACCACCACCACCACCACCACCAUCCCCCGACGCAGCAGGGAGGCCGGGGUUUGCCGCCACCACCACCGCAACAGCAACAGAUGCUGAGCUUACGUGCAACAAAUCAACCAUCGCUACUCAAUGCCAAUCCUAUGCUUCAGCGGGCCUUACUCAUGCAACAGAUGCAAGGAAACUUGCGUGGAUUUAACAUGACAGCCCCAGCACUGCAGCAGUUUUUUCCUCAGGCUACAAGACAUUCCCUCCUAGGGCCACCACCUGUUGGGGUCUCAUUAAAGCCCACUCGCCUGGGCUUCCCCAGCCUUCCCUUCCAGCGGCAGAACCGGAUGUUUCGCAAGGAUUUCCAGAGGGUCCCUGACAGGAAGCGGGAACUAGAUGCAGGUUCUUCAUCUCAGACGCAAGGUGAUGAGAAAAUGGAAAUCCCAGAGGAAGUGCAAGCAGGGUCAGAGCAGAACAACUCCUCUCCAUCCACAGAACCAAGAACUCCAACAGAAUCCGUGUUGAACACUGAGCCUGCAGCAAAAAGACUGAAGAGUAUGACUGAAGAGUCUGCAUUAGAGGUUGCAGCAGGCAUCAAGGAAGAGUCGAGCACCCAUGGCCAAGCUGAUGAUACAGACAAUGUAAAGGAGUACGCAGCUGAAGAUCUCUCUAAAGAGAGGAAAUUCUCUGAGGAACCAAAAGCUCCUGAGGUGUUGAGCUCUGGAGGUUCACUGAAAGUAACUAUCCAGCAGAGCAGCGAGAGCAGAGCUAUCAGUACAACAGCUCUGAAACCAGGGCACUGGACCUGCGAGGUGGGCACAGCUGAUCCCAGCCCUGAAUCAGUCCUUAAAUUCUACUGUUAUAUCUGCAAGACCAACUGCUGCAGUCAGCAGAAUUUCCAAUCCCACAUGGCUGGAAUUCAGCACCAGCAGCGCCUUGGGGAGAUUCAGCACAUGAGCAACAUUUGUUUUGUUUCACUACUGCCUAUGGUGAAGGAGCAGAAGUUGCUGGCAGAGAAAGAUGGAGAGACCCAGCAGCGGUGGUGUAACACUUGUCAGAUACACUUCACCGGGGAUCUUAUCAAACAUCGCAGGACCCAGGAACACAAGCUGGCCAAACGCUCACUUCGUCCUUUCUGCACUGUCUGCAGCCGCCACUUCAAGACCCCUCGCAAGUUUGUGGAGCAUAUGAAAUCCCCUGAGCACAAACAGAAAGCCAAAGAGGUGAGAAUGGGAGAGAAGGAGUUGGGCAGCCCAGAAGAUUCAGAGGAGUUGAUCACAGUGGAUGCUGUUGGCUGUUUUGAAGAUGAUGAGGAGGAGGAGGAAGAGGAAGGAAUUGGUGAGGAUGAAGAUGACCUUGAUGUAGUGCUGGUAGAGAAUGAGGAUUCUGCUGCCAAGCAGACUGGGCUGAAGGAAGUGUCUUUGGAGGAUUACGAAGGAAGUGAGAAGUAUUGUCCAGACACUGCCUAUGGCCUGGAUUUUCUGGUCCCCGUCGCAGGUUACCUCUGCAGGCUGUGUCACAAAUUCUACCAUAGCGACUCUGCUGCCCGGCUCGCACACUGCAAGUCCCUGAUGCAUUUUGAGAACUUUCAGAGAUACAAGGCAGCAAGGCAUCGUGCCACAGCUGCCUACCCCGAGGCUCCUUUGCAUUCCCAGGGCUCCAGCUCCCAAUUGCUGGAUGAUCAGAAACAGCCUCCUGCUACAACAGUAGAUACCAGCAAGAAGAUGAAUGCUGAUCAUGGGAUAGACAAGGAGGGUACAGAGCUGUCAGCACUGCAAGAACAAACUUCAAGGUCUCCAGAGGGUGAGGGUGAGCUGGCCACCUCUGUAGCAGAGGGCAAAAGCCUCGCCAGCAUGACUGAUGACAUGUGUGGAAUCGCGGUUGUAGAAGAAGAAAACCCGCAGGAGGAGAGCAAGUCCGCUACCACUAGUGCCGAUUUCCCACUCCCUGAAGAGAACAGCGCCGCGGGGGAGUUGUUGGGACAUGCUGCGUAUGAGGAGGAGGAAGCCAAUGCAGCCGGGCAAAGGGAAGGCACAGACAACUGCCAGGAUCCAGGGAGUGAAGGGGGUUUAGGACAGAAAGAGGCAACAAACGCAGGUCAGGAGGCAGCAGCAGAGCCUUCCUCCCUAGCCAAAGGUGAGACAGCCAGUCUUACCUCUGCUGGGUGCAGACGCUCUUCUAGGCGCAAACCCAGAUAGAGUGGCCUUAAAGGGAGAGCCCUUUACAUACGAUAUUUGCUGGAAAUGUUUAUUUUCGGAGUCUUUUAAUAGAGCAAAACCUUCAACUUUACUGCUGUUUUUAUUUUAAGAAUAAAAUAAGCCUGGCUUUAGCGUGUCUAAUACGGGAUGGUGUUGAUUAUUACUUGUAUAGUUGGGAUACUACAAUUACGUGGAAAGACUGAGGCUUGGAUUGUUGAACCUAAAAGAAGAAAGUAAUGUGAUUUUUUUUCAUAGGGGGAUAUGGCUCAUGAAGUAGAUGGAUACAGAUUUUUUUUUUCCACUAAGAAUUGUUUGUAGUUCCUCUCUGCUUCCUUUCCAGGCAGAGAAGUGUAUUUCUUGGGAGACUGUGCGUGCCCAAUUCUGCUCCUCAGAAGGGUUUUCUUUCACAGAUGCGCACUCUUGGACCAGCACUGUGUCCUAAGCUAGGCAAGAAUGUACAUCUUGGUCAUUUGUUAAUACUACAAGGCUUAAUACAGUCUGUUCUCAUAGUGGAGACUCAGGAACAAAUUUUGUUUCAAACUGAUUUUAAUAAAACAGAUUUCUUA